GUGGGUGGGAUCCGCUUUGACCUAACUGAGCUGAACACAAUCUGUCAAUACACGGUGAAAGAAAUGAGUUUGCUGCUUUUUAUGAAACCUUUGCGUGUUUUUUGAAGGUGGGAAAUGGACUCGCGUCAGGAGCUUUUGUUUAUUCGCCAGUACUCCUCGGAGGACCUGCGGUUUUAAACACAGCGAGUGGGCAAAGCGUUUGCUAGCCAUCGCCAUCUAGCUGGGGUUGUGGAGCGAAUAAAGAAGGCAGCAGGAUCUGGACUCGCUUACGCAAACCUAUGCGACUCUUACCAGGUGAGAGAUGGAUUUGAGAGAGGUGUACGUGGUGACUGGCAGCUUCGUGGGCUUCCAGCUGUUCUUCUCCAGCGUCAGUCCGGUUCUGUGCACUAAAUUCACACAGGGCUACGGAAGAUUACCACCAAACAAACUCAACGAUUGGAACUCAAGGCUGGUGUCCACCUUCCAUGCAUUAAUUGUGGGGCUCUUCUGUCUCUAUAUCCUCUGGUACGAUGACGCCGUCAACAAAGACCCGGUCUGGGGUGAUCCUAACAUAGUUAAGCUCAAUGUGGCCAUCACCUGUGGAUACCUGAUUUAUGAUCUUGUGCUACUAGCUCGUAACUGGAAAACUAUGGGAGAUGUCUUUUUUGUCUGUCACCACUUGGCGGCACUAUAUGCCUAUGGAUUUGUGCUGACACGUGGAGUGCUUCCUUAUUUCGCGAACUUCCGACUGAUUUCCGAAUUGUCAACGCCAUUUGUGAACCAAAGGUGGUUUUUCGAAGCGUUGGCCUAUCCUCGUACUCACCAACUGGUUGUCGCUAAUGGCAUUGCCAUGGCGGUCGUGUUCUUCCUCGUCCGAAUCGCAGUGAUGCCCCCAUACUGGGUUAAGGUUUUUAGCACCUUCGGUACUCCAGAGUUUGAGAGGCUGGGUCUUGGUGCUCAAGUCGCUUGGAUUGUAUCCUGCAUUUGUCUGGACAUCCUAAACAUAAUCUGGAUGUACAAAAUCGCCCGCGGCUGCUAUAAAGUCAUUACUGGCAAGCUGAAAGGACUCAAAGUAGACAACAAAAAGACCAGUUACGUGAACAACCACACAGACUAAGCUACCAAUGGGGAUGGAGAAUCAUUUGCAUUAAUGACUUGUAGAUUAAUAAAAGUAUUCUCUUCCCCCCAAUCAGGAUAUACAGUAGCAAGUUCUCCGUCCUUACUUAAAUGGAAGGAUGUUCUCUCACAAACGAAUCCCAGUGUGUAUCACAAACACACUCUGGCUUUCCCUACAUUGGUGAUGUUCGUUUGUUUGUCAACCAGACAAACAAACCUGUUAUGCCUCGGUUACAACCAAUGUGCCUCAAAGCACAAGAAGAAGCAGUACAAUGCGAAUAUAUGAACUUGUGGCCAUGGAAAGUUCAUUGCAUCUCCAUUGUAAUGCCUUGCACUACCAAUGUUCCAACAACAAUCAAAUUGGCUUUGAGAACCUUGCAACCUGAUGUGCCUCAAGUCCUUGGUGGCCUCUGGAUUUGGGCAUUCUCAACUGUGCAGCCUGUCAAGUCUACAUUGCCAUCUCAGUCUGACCCAUUGGAAGAAUACAGGAAACCACAGAUCUACCUCUCACAGGUCACCAUCUGAAGCACAAGUUCAUUUUCUAGCCAUCUCAGAAUGAACACACGUCUUGAAAGGACAGCCCAUCAAAAUCAAAUACCCACUGUCUUUGUAGUCCAGACCUAAGGCUAGACUAUACUUUGUUUUUCCAUGUGCUCUUGCAUCUCGUGCACUGUCGAACGCUCUAGCCUUUCAUGGUAUAAUCUUUUUAUUGCGUGCCUGUAGGGACGUGUUCGCUACAUACGCACUACGACUGCUCUAUGAUACUAUUUAGUACAGUCAAUGGCAGGCGCAUACGACGACCACGCGCAAAGACUGUAAGGGUGUCUAGAAAAUUGGGUUGCAUGCAGACUGUACAUGUAUAUUGUACUGAUGACGAGUACAGUGUGAGAUGUAGCGGCAUGCAGAAAACAAAAGUAUACUUUGGCCUUUAUUGUUGCUCAUUAGUCUAUGUUUCAGAUUUCCACAAGUAGUUUUCAAUGUUGAAUUUCCUUAAAACAAUGUUUGAAGCUUUCUUGAGUUUUUCUUUUCACUGAAUGUCUAUCAUUUAUAUGAAUGAUGUCAACAAGAUGCUAACAAUACCUGUGUCCAUGCAUGUUCUGUCAUUGUUUGGUCGACCUUGAGUUUCUAUUUGCAUUAGUUUCAAGGACACAGCAGUUGUUGUAUACAUUUCUAGUUUCUAUAGGUCUUUUGAAGACCUUGCAUUUUCCAGAACCUGCAAUUUUCCUUACACUUUUCCCAAGUUGAUCAUCUUGAGCUCACUAAAUUGCAAAAUCACAGGUUUUCAAAACCCCAUCCAACCAUCCACCCAUCCAUUCACCAAACCCCAACCAUCUACCCAUCCAUCCACCUGACCCCACUCAUCUAUACAUCCCCCAACCUGACCCCAUCCAUUAUCCAUCCAUCAUCUAUCCACCUGACCCCACCCACCUAUCCAUCCAUCCACCCACCCAACCUCACCCAUCCAUCCACCCUGCCCCAACCAUCCACUCAUCCAUUCCUUCCACCCUCCUGAUCCAUCAUUCAUUCAUCCAUCCACUCGACCCCACCCAUCCACCAACCUGACCCCAUCCGUCCAUCCAAAAUCCAUCCAUACACCCCACCCAUCCAUUCAUCCAUCAUCCAUCCACCCAUCCAACCAUCAUCAAUCCACCAGACCCCAUCCAUCAUCCAUCCACCCAUCCAACCAUCAUCAAUCCACCAGACCCCACCCAUCAUCAAUCCACUUAUCUAUCUACCCAUCCAUCCACCUAACCCCACUCAUCUAUACAUCCCCCAACCUGACCCCAUCCAUUAUCCAUCCAUCAUCUAUCCACCUGACCCCACCCACCUAUACAUCCAUCCAUCCACCCACCUGUACAUCCAUCAUCCAUUUAUCCAUCCACCCUGCCCAAACCAUCCACUCAUCUAUCCAUCCUUCCACCCUCCCGAUCCAUCAUUCAUCCAUCCACUUGACCCCACCCAUCCAUCCACCUGACCCCUCUCGUCUAUACAUCCACCAACCUGAUCCCAUCCGUCCAUCCAAAAUCCAUCCAUACACCCCACCCAUCCAUUCAUCCAUCCACCCAUCCAACCAUCAUCAAUCCACCAGACCCCACCCAUCAUCAGUCCACUUAUCUAUCCAUCCAUCCAUCCACACACCUCACCCAUCUACCCACCCAGCCCCAUCCAUUCAUCCAUCAUCCAUCCACCCACCCUACCCCACUCAUCCAACCAUCAUCAAUCUACCAGACCCCACCCAUCAUCAAUCCACUUAUCUAUCCAUCCAUCCAUCCAUCCAUCCAUCCAUCCAUCCACCCACCUGACCCCACUCAUCCAUCCAUCCAUCCAUCCACCCAUCCACACACCUCACCCAUCUACCCACCCAGCCCCAUCCAUCCUUCCA